UUGAUCUAUUCCCAGCAGCACGCGUCUACGCCUUCAAUUGUACAAAUACCUUCUCCCUCUGUCAUAGCAAAGCCUGCCUUUGAACACUGGCAGCAAUUGCACGACUCUUCUUUGACACCAUCGCCCAUUUCCUAGGAAAGCCGAACCCCACUACACAGUCGCAGUCAUGUCAACUUUUGGCACCCAUUUCAAAGUCACUACCUAUGGCGAAUCCCACUGUCUUUCCGUCGGCGCCAUCGUCGACGGCUGCCCGCCCGGCAUGACUCUCACCGAACAAGACAUCCAGCCCCAGAUGACUCGCCGUCGCCCAGGUCAAUCGGCCAUCACAACCCCGCGCAAUGAGAAAGACCGAGUAGAAAUCCAGUCUGGGACAGAGUUUGGCAUUACAUUGGGCACUCCGAUUGGCCUGAGGGUCAUGAACGAGAACCAGCGCAAGCAGGAUUACGGCAACCAGACGAUGGAUUUGUACCCAAGACCCAGUCAUGCGGACUGGACAUAUCUGGAGAAGUAUGGCGUAAAGGCCAGCUCAGGAGGCGGACGGAGUAGCGCCAGAGAAACCAUCGGACGAGUCGCAGCUGGCGCAAUAGCAGAGAAAUAUCUGCGCGAGGCUUACGGCAUCGAGAUUGUGGCGUUCACAAACUCUGUUGGAAACGAAUUCCUCUUCCCUCCCACGCCAGAGCACCCCUGCGCUUCUACGAACCCAGAGUACCUUAAACUCAUCGACACAAUCACACGCAAGCGAGUAGAUGAGUUCCUUCCCGUCCGGUGUCCAAACGAGGAUGUCACACGGCGUAUGGAGGAUCUGGUCGCAAAGUACCGAGAUGCUCAGGACAGCAUAGGCGGUACAGUGACGUGCGUUAUAAGAAACUGCCCUACAGGCCUGGGAGAGCCUUGUUUCGACAAGCUCGAAGCGAAGUUGGGACACGCGAUGCUCUCCAUCCCAGCCACAAAGGGCUUCGAAAUCGGCUCUGGGUUCGGCGGCGCGCAAAUACCAGGUUCAAUCCACAACGACGCGUUCAUCAAAGCCCCCGCGGUGCCGGCAGGCGAGAACCCAUCAGCGAAUGUUCUACGGCCGAAGCUUACCACCAAAACCAACAAUUCGGGCGGCAUCCAGGGCGGCAUUACAAACGGGGCGCCCAUCUACUUCAAUGUAGCGUUCAAGCCUGCGGCGACUAUCGGGCAAUCGCAGACGACGGUCACGUACGAUCAAGUUGAUGGCGUGCUGGAGGCCAAGGGCAGACAUGACCCGUGUGUUGUGCCUCGUGCGGUGCCGAUCGUUGAGUCGAUGGCUGCGCUUGUCAUCAUCGAUGCUGUGCUCGCGCAACAGGCGAGACUGGGUGCGAGGAGUUUGCUGCCUCGAUUGAAGGGCGUCAUACCUGUCGAGGGUAGACACUAGGGUUGAGAGUUGUGGGUUUUGAUUUGCGCGGGAGUAGAAGACGGCAUGUAUUUUUUUGAAUUGCGAGAAUACGUUUGCUGUCAGUAAGCUCAAACCGAAAUACCGUUGGAAAAUGAAUUAUAGUUUCGCUU